AUGCACCUGUCUUUCGUCAUCCUCACCACAGCCCUGUGUGGGAAGUGUCAUGAGUGCCCCCACUUCACAGAUGAAGGUGACCCAUGCACCAUGGCCGCGUACGCCCACCUGAAGAAGGUCCUCCUGGCGCUCCAGACCCACCGGAAACCUCUCCCGAAAGGAGGCAGCAACCAAGACCCACUUCCCCAGAAGCGCCUCCUGGUGGAGUCUCUGUUUAAGGACUUGGAUGCAGAUGAGAGCGGCCACCUGAGCGGUUCUGAACUGGCCCAGCACGGGACACAGGAGCAGGAGCUGGACGAGGACCUCCUGGGGUGCUCGCUGGGCGAUCUCCUCCGCUUCGAUGACUACAACAGUGACGGCUCCCUGACCCUCCGAGAGUUCUACACCGCCUUCCAAGUGCUUCAGCUCAGCCUGGCCCCUGAGGAGAGGGUCCGAGUGACCACGGUGACGGUAGGGCUGAGCACAGUGCUGACCUGUGCUGUCCGCGGAGACCUGCGGCCACCCAUCGUCUGGAAGCGCAACGGGCUGACCCUGAACUUCCUGGACUUAGAAGACAUCAAUGACUUCGGAGAGGACGACUCCCUAUACAUCACCAAGGUGACCACCGUCCACAUGGGCAAUUAUACCUGCCACGCCUUGGGCCACGAGGAGCUCUUCCAGACCCACGUCCUGCAGGUGAAUGUGCCACCUGUCAUCCGCGUCUACCCGGAGAGCCAGGCACAGGAGCCCGGGGUGGCGGCCAGCCUGCGAUGCCAUGCGGAGGGCAUUCCCAUGCCCAGAAUCAGUUGGCUGAAAAAUGGCAUGAAUGUCUCCACCCAGAUGUCUAAGCAGCUCUCCCUCUUAGCCAAUGGGAGUGAACUCCGCAUCGGCAGUGUGCGCUAUGAAGACACAGGGGCAUACACCUGCAUUGCCAAGAACGACGUGGGCGUGGAUGAAGACAUCUCCUCGCUCUUCAUUGAAGACUCUGCUCGAAAGACCCUUGCUAACAUCCUGUGGAGAGAGGAAGGCCUCAGUGUGGGAAACAUGUUCUACGUCUUCGCCGAUGAUGGCAUCGUCGUCGUCCACCCCGGGGACUGUGAGAUCCAGAGGCACCUGAAACCCACCGAGAAGAUCUUCAUGAGCUACGAAGACAUCUGUCCUCAAGGGGAAGAGUCCUCCCAAUCAUGCCAGUGGGCAUCUGCAGUCAAUGUCAGGAACCGGUACAUCUACGUGGCCCAGCCAACACUGAGCAGAGUCCUGGUGGUCGAUGUUCAAGCGCAGAAAGUCCUACAGUCCAUAGGUGUGGACCCUCUGCCGGCUAAGCUGUCCUAUGACAAGUCACAUGACCAAGUGUGGGUCUUGAGCUGGGGGGACGUGCACAAAUCUCAACCAAGCCUCCAGGUGAUCACGGAAGCCAGCACCGGCCAGGGCCAGCACCUCAUCCACACGCCCUUUGCCGGGGUGGACGACUUCUUCAUCCCCCCAACCAACCUCAUCAUCAACCACAUCAGGUUCGGCUUCAUCUUCAACAAGUCCGCCCCCGCCAUCCACAAGGUAGACCUGGAGACGCUGAUGCUCCUCAAAUCCAUCAGCCUGCAGAGCCACGGCUGCCUGCCACAGGCCAUGGCCCACACGCACCUGGGUGGCUACUUCUUCAUCCAGUGCCAGCAGAGCCACGCCACCCCUGCCGCCCCCCAGCUGCUGGUAGACAGCGUCACCGACUCCGUGGUGGGCCCCAACGGGGACAUCGCAGGCAUCCCGCACACCUCACCCGACGGACGCUUCGUGGUCAGUGCUGCCGCCAACAGCCCCCAGCUGCACGUGCAGGAGAUCUCGCGGUGGGGGGAGAUCCAGCCCCUCUAUGGCCUGAGGGUCCCCCAGGGCAUCUCGGGCCUGGCCUUCCAGCGCUCCUUCACUGAGGGCAACCAGUACUCCGUCUAUGCCACCCUGGAGACGGAGCCCAGCCUGCUCUUCCUAGAGCUGUCCACUGGCAAGACCGGCCUGCUGACGGACCUGAAGGCCCCGCCAGAGGGGCCAGCCUGGCCCUGGGCAGAGCCCCUCAGGGUCCUGAGGGACAGCGGCCUCUUUGGACAGUACCUCCUGACCCCGGCCCAGGAGUCGCUCUUUCUCAUCAAUGGGCGGCAGAACGCCCUGCAGUGUGAGGUGUCGGGCAUUAAGAGGGGGACCACGGUGGUGUGGGUGGGCGAGGUAUGAGGGAGCUGAGACCACAGCCCCAAGCAGGCACACUGUACAUUUUUACAGACAAAAGCAAAGGCCUGCAUCUGCUUCGUGGUUCACCACUGGUCUCCUUGCAAGUCCCCUCGUUUAAGGUAUGCGCUGCUGACCAGAUGGGGGUUUUUCUGUUGGGAAGUAUGAUUUCUGCCUUCAGCUGCGACGAGAACACAUGCUACCCGCCAUGCGACCUGGGGCUGCUGUGCCGAGCUAUGUGCACCUGGCGACCAGCCCGUCCGCUUUCCCGGCGGGUGCUUCUGUCGGUUGCCUUCACGUAAUCAUCGUCCCUUGCCUCCAGAUCCAGCCAGACCUCCUCACUCUGGGGGAAGGGCCCAGAGCUGGCCAGGGAACAAGGGGCACUGGGCACAGGCAGGGCUCGCCAGAGCUCCAUCUGCCCUCGCGGCGGCCCCGCCCUUUGCCUUCACAGCUGCUGCUUGCUUGCUUUGCAUUUGACUUGCGAUCAGCCUGAGGGAGUGCCCACGUGACUUGUUGCAUCUUGGGGGCUGGGGAGAUCACUCACUUUAUUUUGGAAAUUUUUGAUCCAAAACUAGUUUUUUAUAAUCUCAGAUGUUAGUCCGUAGAGCGACCCUCUCCAAGGUCCAAUUCCUUCCUCCCUGCCUUAGGCCGUAUCUCUGGGUGUCUCAAUGCCAGCCCACUUUCUGCAGCCAGAAAAACUCUCUCCUGGUUAUAAUCACCGUCACCUGAGACCCGCGGUCUGCAGAGUCGCCCACCAAGUUGGUAACGCAGACUCCACAUGGUGGGGUCCGGGAGACCAGGACAGACCUGGUGUUUGUUCCUGCUUCUCACCCAUCAAGGGGGCACCCUCUGGAUUCAGGGGAGCCUGAGCUUGCCUGACGUGAGGUGAGCAGCCGUGGGGGGCAGUGACCCCAUAACAACCCCAAGGUUACAAAUGUCCUUUGCCGGCCAGCCCUGAUGCAAACCAGUUUCUGUUCUGCCCGUGGCCUGGCCCUCACACCCGCGCCUCCAGCGCCCACAGGCCACACCGUCCUGCGUGAGUCCUCACACGUGUCCUCACACGCGGCCUCACUCUCCUCACAGACACCCACUCCGCGACACAGUCAGGAGGCAGGCUGGCCCUGGGCAUGAACGCUCCAGCCCCCCCACAGGCAGCCACGUGCUGCUGGGCCACCCUGCAAAGAGAUGCUCCUCGGGGAGGCCCACACACCUCCAGAAGACAUCCUCCCCGGGGGCUCACAUCCUAGGCUGAAACAAAUGCUUCCACAGCGGCAGUGAUCACUUCAACACCCUGCAGCUGCUUGGGAGAGAUGAUUACCUUCCAGACACUUGAUUUAGCCACCCGGGCCUGCCUACAGGGCCACGGUCCUCCCUGCUGCUGAGAAAGGACACUUGUCGGGGCAUCGGCUCUGCUUCUCUUUCAAUGCCAUGCCUGUCUUCUGCCACACCCCCACGUAAAUCCUGCGCACAGAGGUAGCAUGUCCCGGAAACCCACUCUGGUGGGAGGGGGGUUGAAUGGUGUGCAGAAUCCUACCACACAUGCACAGUCUGUGCACGACAGUGUGACACACUGCUCCUCUUCUUCCCCUGACACCCCACCGCCUCACCCUCUCCCAAGGUCCUGAGAGCAGGUAGUUCCACCAACACGGAUCCCAGGUGACCUGGGCACGUUUGUGUCGGGAUUUGCUAGCGGGUGAUGUUGGUGGACAGAUAUGCAUGGAGCUAACCGACCUCAGAAGCCUGUCCUUGAGACCGUGGGGGCAGGAGGGAGAACCCUCUGGACCCCGCCUCGGUGACUUGCCCUAUGGACCCCAAGGCCACGCUUCUACCACUGAAACCCUCCAACUCUCAUGAGUUUCUCCCUUGGGUGACAUCUUCUAAACUGGCCGGCCUGGCAGCAAGAGAGUCUCUGGGCCUAACAGAAGAGGCCCACAGACGACCAGACCAGAACACCAGCCCAUGUGGGUCGCCAAAUUCCAAACACAAUUGGCCCAGAACCCAACUCCCUCGUGAACCUGGGCCGCCCAGGCAGGGCCUCUGCCGCAUCUGUCCCCUUUCCACUCUGCAUCCACGUUCAGGUUUAUCGGGAUGGCAUGCCUCUUUGCCCUCACUGUGCAGGUACAGAGGCAGACGCAUCCACCUUGCUGCCAGCAUGCUGGACACACAGACUUGGGGUUUGGUGGGAAAGGCUGGCCCCAGUGCUCCCUGCCCCUCCUUCCACACCCCCGCUCCAGCAAAGGCCGCUGGAGCACAGUUUCAGGAUCGCUGGUACACCAUGAAGCCAACCCGGCGGGGGCUCCUUCUCAUGAGCAACUGAUGUUGUGCAUUUUAAAGACACAUUUGCUUUACCAAAACAAUCACCCAAAAGCCACUUACAUCACGAACUCCCUCAAUCACUUUAAAUUUCACAAAAAUGCAACAUCGUUUUGUUGUCGUCUCGUCGUCUUCCCAGAAUAGCAAACACACAAAGCACCCGAAGUGACAUUAAAGGGUUGAGAUUAAGACCCAUCGUCUCCUGCCCAACUGGGCAGAACCCAUACUAACAGGUUCUGGAGCCAAAAGCCUGCCUCGCCAUGCAGGGGAGUGGUUUGUCUGCUCCCGGGUGAUCCAGGUGGUGACCGCGGUAGGCUCAACUGUGCCAGCGGUUGAGGAUGGCAAGGAUGGGCCCAUGUUCUACCCUGUUAGACACACUGUCACAGGCCUUGCCUCAAACGCAUCAAAAUAGACGAUGGCGUGAGCGCUCUACACAGCAGGCUGAGACCCAGCGUGAGCCGCCACACCAGCCAACAGCUGCACGGGCUGGCCCAGGCUUCUUUCGCAUGUGCCCAAGCCAACUGCCCGAAAUCCAAGCCAGCUUCAGAAGAGGAUGUGGAACAGGGACUGUCACUGCUGAUGUCAAAUGAACUGGGGCUGAAAGCAGAGAACGCCUUUGAGAAAAGUUGUUUACCUGAGUCUUAUGCACUGUGCAAAGGUCUUAAACUCUGGCUCAUUAAAAAUUAUGUAUGACAUUACAGGAAUUCCCGAACAUGGGAAUGGGAAUUGUUUGUGCUUCUGUGGCACCGCUACACAGACCAGGAGGCAGUCGCUCUGGCAGAACGGGAUCCUAAGUGGUUUCAAAAUCAGGAAAUGUGUGACAGGAUGGUAACCUCUAACCAUCCAUAUUCGAUUUGUAUACUGAGCAAAUUAUCUGAGAGAAUAGACUUUUGAAGGACACAACAUCAAGACUGAAGGAGAAGGCUCGUUAACAACCUAUGAUACACAGAUGGCAUGGCCUUGCUCGAUGGAAGGUAGGAGGACUUGAAGCAUUGGUGGAGAAUUAAGGACUGCCACCUUUGGUAUUGAUUGCAACUCAAUAUGGGGGGGGAAAAGUCCUUAUAACUAGACCGAUGGACAGAAGACAAUAAAUGGAGAGACGUUGGAGGUGGCCCAGAGCAUCGUUGUACUCAGAUCCCCAAUCGCUGCCCAUGGAGGCGGCAGCCACGAGAUCACAUCACGUACUGCACCGAGCGAAUCUGCGAUGAAGACCUCUCUUUUUCAAAUGCGAAAAAGACAAGCAAACGUCGCUCUGAGAACUGGGUGCACUUGUCCCAAGCCUUAGUAGCUCCAUUCGCUACAUAGGCAUGUGAACGCUGAACCACUAAUCAAGAAGGCAGAAGACGGACUGAUGCAUUUGAAUUAUGACUAAGAAGGUUGAAGAUUACCCUGGACUAUGAGAAAAAUGACGAAAUCUGCCUUGGAAGAAAUGCAGCCAGCAUGCUCCUUGCACGCAGGGAUGUCAAGGCUUCAUCUCACAUACUCAGCACGUUUUCUAGAGGGACAGCCCCUAAAGACCAUCAUACCUGAUGAAAGUAGAACAUCCACAGAAGAAGAUGACCCUCAAGGAGAUGGAUCGAGACUUAGAAUGACUGCGAGGGUGGUGCAGGACCAGACAGUGUUUGUCUGUCAUCCACAGGGUCACUGCGACUUGCAAGCACCCAGUGACAAGAAGUGAUCUGGUGAAGUAGCUGCAAGAGCCCUUCAAGCCUUGGCCGGGACCAACCGUAAUCCCAAACCUCAGACCCUGAGGGCUAGAGGUGACAUUACCAGAGAGAAGAGGUCAGACCCUCCCAUUCCCACCGCCAGCCCGGCCUGCUCCCACCCUCACCCUGCGGAACAGGGUUCCCAGCCCCCCACAGGGACCCCAGAAGAAGGCUUUCAACCCCUGAAUAAAGCCGUGACUUACCUGGUGACCUGGAGAAUUGUUGGCCCCGUCAUCUAGGAAGCCCCCAAAGUUGGGGCUUUGUGCGGCCACAACUUCCUGUUUUCUGUUGACCAGUAACCUGUGAACUGAAGGUGAUUUCCAGACAGAUGUGGAGCAGAUUCUUUCCGGAUCUAUUUUUCUACAAGAGGCUUCAUGUUUCACAGUGUGUUUCACUCCAGGCCCCUGGGCCCGGCUCAUCAUCACUGGCAAACCUCACACCCUUCUCACUCACCCCUCCCUUCCCCGUCCGCCUCAGAAGCCCCCCUCCCACCCCCUCCAUCCUCUGCAUCCACCUAUCUACCUCACAUCCUCUCUCCUGCCCCCCCGCACCCCCUCUGCGCCCAGAGCACCACUCCCCUGCCAGGUGGCCAGGCAAGUAAUGUAGACUGAUGGCUGUGGGCGUCUUUGUGGACACCUCCCUCACCAGCCCCAGCUCCCACUCUACCUGCAGUCAGAGCCCACUGGAACACAGCCCCUUGCUGGCCACUCACCCCACCCCCCAAACCUCUGCUCCAAACCAGAGCAAUUGCACAACUCCCUGGGGAGUGAGGUCAGAUACUGUCAGGCAGGGACCAUCAGGCAGAAAAGGUGAGCUGUGACAUCUUCCCCGAGCCUCAAAACUUACCAGACCCGAGCUCCCCGCCAUCCCCCCAUUCCCUUUCUCUCCCUCCUCGCAAUCUUGCUAUGCCUUAGGCCUGCUGCUCUGGGGUGGGGUGGGGAGGGAGCCACUCACAGCUCCCAUGAGAAGGGCACCUAACGACUGCGGGGACACCAGAUGCCCGGCAGCCUGUGCCCACACUCCUUUCUUGCUUUGGUGUGCCAGCGAGGUCACUCCUGAAGCCAGCUGCUCCAUUUGCCCAGCUGGUGGGCAAAGCGAUUUUGUUCGAGAGAGUCAUUAGUUGCCUUGGUUUCUCUUUGAAUUUGUGGGACAGAGACACUUACAAGAGUACGGGGGAGGAGGGCAUGCCGACUCUCAGGGCCAGACCCCCAAGCAGCCAGUGAACGCCGCUCACGUCCUGCUUUUGUCCAGGCCAGACGACCUGCCAAAGUCACAUGAGGAUCUGAGCAUCCUAUCUGGGCCUGAAGGCUUUGGGCACGAGCCACCUGCCAGGUGCUUGAGGCCAGCAGUCAAGGUCUCAUGCACGCACGUCCUCCACCGGAGCUGUGAGAAGCAACGCGGAGGCUGAAUGUCACCAAAGGCCACGUGAGAGAGUACCACAUCAGGACAGCAGGGCUUGGCUUCCGGAACCAGCACGGGGUGUGCCUCUUGUAUAGUCUUUGUUUCUUGUUUCUUAACAAGGUCACAAUUCAGACACCUCUCUCUCUAAACUCACCCAUCCCUUUCCCACGUGCUCCCCCAGCACAUGGUCCACUCCAAAUCUGGAGGGCUUGGUCUAUGUUCUAAAAAGCGGCAACUGCUGAGAGCCCCUGGUCCACGCUCCCCUCAAGGCGCCACGGUGGGGUCAGAGAAUGUUGCCCUUUGAAGGGAAGCGCUUCUAGCAGGGGCGAUCGCAGGGGUCUGUCCUCCACUGCCCAGCCAGCCAGCCGCCAUCAUUCUAAGAGCAGUUGGCCCCCUUGCCGCUUGAGCUACUUCAGCGAGGUCAGAAAAGACAGGUCCCCUUUGGCUGCUCAGCCCCCUGACCUGGCCCUGCUACACCGCCUUGCCCCCAGGUGCUUGUGCUUGCUGGCGGCUGUGCACACAUGGUGCGGGGGCACGGAGUUUAGCUGGGGUGGUCCCACGCCGCUGUCCUGUAGCUGAAUGAGCCUCAGUGCGCAAAGCCACACACCCCCGUCCUUCAGUCCUGUGAAGAGUCUCAUUAUUCCCCGCUGCCAAAACCCUUCCGAUCUCUCAUGUCAAGGCAGGUCAUGUUAUUUUAAGCAGUUGCGUAGACUCCAGAAUAUAUUUUCUGUAAUCACCAGUAUUUCUCAAAAGGCCUCCUGUAAUUAUGAUACAUGUGGAUUUUUCCUUAUUUAUAAAAUAUAUAUAAAUUAUUUUUAAUACAUCAACUUUAGUAGGGAUUUGUACCAACACAGUAACCGUACGUGGCAUUUGAAAUACGUUUGUGUUUACUUUGACGUAUUACACGGUAUUGAACACACGGUGUAUUUGCAGUAACACUUGAUAUAAAGACGACUCACAAACUAUCACAUUGUCAUUGUAAAUGCUCUUUUUCUGAAGAUUUUACAAUAAAACUUGAGAAAAGUU